CAACGGACGAUUACCACUUGGUUGGAGAAUAAAGGACCCAAGACAACCGAGUCCAAAAGCUUACACAGCAAAAUUAAUAACAAUACUGAAGCAAAUCCCAAGAUGACUUCCAUUAAAAAAGAGAACUUUUGCGAGCAUGAUGUGAAAAAGCUGGAGAACAUUUGUCAGCAGAAUUAUUCAAAAAUAUCUUUAGAAAGUGCAAAGCAUGUAAAUUUGCAUCAGACUGGCGGCAUGUGUAACUGGGAGGAUGAGGACAAAGAUCCGGUCUUAGACACAGAGCCUGUGAAGGGGACACAGUCUGGAGACCUCUUUAAAAACGCCAACAUCGAUCAGAUGCACAAAACUGGCAAGCAGGCUCAGAGAGGCUGUGAAGGAAGCGGUGACAAUUGGACUCAGAGGAAAUUAUCAUCAAGCCAGUCUUUGAAAACAGGAAAUACAAAACUUUCUUCAAAAGACACUGAGACAGAUGAACAAGUGGCUUCUUGCAAUUCACAGAAGCUGAAGAGUUGCAAUUCUGUCUGUUUAAUGGGUGACCAAGAUGACGGGGAUGUAGUUCCAGAAAGUCCCCUUUCAGAUGCUGGUUGUGAUGCUUGUGUAUCUGAUCUUGGAGGUCGUGGGAAACUGAGCAAAUGUCAGAGCAGUUCAGGAGAUUCACCUGCUUUUGAGAAAGAAAGUGAACCAGAGUCACCGAUGGAUGUAGAUAAUUCCAAAAAUAGCUGUCAUGGGUCAGAGCCUGAUGAAGAAACAAGUCCCUUUCUUGAUGAGCGAGAUAUGUCAAAAUCCAUAAACAAAUCUUUUAGAAUUCAAUAUGGGGAUGCUGAACUGGAGUCAAGAAAGUCACGUUUUUCUGCCAAGGGCUGUGAAAGCUUUGAGGAAAUAGACAAUUCUGUUAGGGAGGACAGUCUGCAUACAAAGUCACCUGGGAUCUCUCCUGCUCCAGCAUCAGAAUGCAAAGGUGCAAAACAAGGUGUGAAGAGAGACUCCAAAAUCACCUCUCACUUCAUGAGGAUACCUAAAGUUGAAGAAAAAAGGAAAGAAAAGUGUGAGCUCAAGCCCCAAAGGCCAGGAAGGAAGAUUCCUAAAUAUAUGCCGCCUCCUCUUCCAACAAAUAAGAAAUGGUUUGGGACACCAAUUGAAGAGAUGAGAAGAAUGCCGAUGUGUGGGGCCCGUCUUCCUCAUCUGCGACCCUCAGCCAAUCAUACAGUCACCGUCAGAGUAGAUCUCCUGAGGGAGGGAGAGGUGCCUAAACCUUUUCCAACUCACUACAAAGAUUUGUGGGACAACAAACAUGUUAAAAUGCCCUGUUCAGAACAAAAUUUAUACCCUGUAGAGGAUGAGAAUGGAGAUAGAACUGCUGGAAGUCGAUGGGAGCUAAUCCAAACUGCCUUACUUAACAAAUUUACUUGUUCACAUGAUUUGAAGGUAAGCUUAUCAAUUUGAAAUNNNGCGUAUUCGAAGAAAUGGGACUUCACAGCUCUUGCUGACUUCUGUGAGAAGGUUCUUGAAGAUGCAGAGGCUCAACAUUUGUUCCAGUCCAUUCUUCCUGAUAUGGUCAAGCUGGCACUCUGUCUCCCUAGUAUCUGCACCCAGCCGAUACCUCUACUGAAACAAAAGAUGAAUCACUCCAUCACGAUGUCACAGGAACAGAUUGCUAGUUUUCUAGCCAAUGCUUUCUUCUGUACUUUUCCACGUCGCAAUGCGAAGAUGAAGUCUGAGUAUUCUAGUUAUCCGGACAUUAACUUCAACAGAUUGUUUGAAGGACGGUCACCAAGGAAGCCUGAGAAACUUAAGACCCUUUUCUGCUAUUUUAGGAGAGUCACAGAAAAAAAACCUACGGGAUUGGUGACGUUUACAAGGCAGUGUCUCCAGGAGUUUCCAGACUGGGAAAG